AUGGCUGAUGAAGGAGUCAAUCCCAAGGCCCAACCUUUGGCCGACAACCAGCUGACCCAGAAGAUCCUUGAUGUGGUCCAGCAGGCCGUCAACUACAAACAGCUGAAAAAGGGUGCCAACGAAGCGACCAAGACUCUGAACAGAGGUAUUGCUGAAGUAAGUCUUUCCUAUGUACGCGAGUUGUAUGAAAUUCUUAUUUUACACAUUUAUUUUUAGGUGAUCGUCAUGGCUGCUGAUACCGAACCUUUGGAGAUUAUCUUGCACCUUCCUCUUCUCUGUGAGGAUAAGAACGUGCCUUACGUGUUCGUCAAGUCAAAGGCAGCGUUGGGAAGAGCUUGUGGAGUUACCAGGCCCGUUAUUGCUGCUUCGAUCACUUCCAAUGAAGGAUCUCAGCUCAAGGGCCAGAUUCAAACAAUCAAGGAGGAGGUCGAAAGGCUCCUUAUCUGA